GUAAUUCAUUGUACAGGGGUACUUAGAUACCAUACCCCAGGAGGUAAAGGAUAAAGUUAAGGACAGUUUAAGAAAGAAGUAAUCUUAUUGAUUAACAUCAAGACUUGAAUCCAAAAUCAGAAUCCUUCAAAAUUGAUCCAGAUCGACUACAUGAUCAAUGAUCAUGAAACCAAGUCAAAUAUUCAAACAUAACAAAAAGAAUUAAUUUAAAAUUGAAUAUUUUAGAUUAUCAAUGUGGACAAUGACACGGCAAAAAAAUGUUACGAAAUAAAAAGCCUUAAGAUGUGCCUUAAAUCAAAUGUAUUUUAUCACAGUAAUUAUGAUUUAUCAGUUUAAUCCAAUGGUUUAGAUGCAUUUAUUUGUGUGAUCGUCUUCAGUUGUAUAUUAAUUAUUGUUUGUUUUGAUAUUAAUGUGUUUUUACUUACUAUCGAUUCCUCUUGAAACCAGUUAUUUUGUAAACAUCUUUAGAUAAGAAAUUAAAUCAUUAUCUCUUCUGUAUACUCUAAAUCCUGCCAGUGAUUGGGUGACUUGCAGUGAAAAAAUGAAAUUUUGUUUGUCUUAAUAUUUUUCUUUUUCGCUUUUUUUUCAAAAUUUUUUCCUUAGAUGGAUUGAUAGAUGAAUGUAAGUGACCCCCCAUGAAAAGAUAUCAACGCCCGAUUCACAACGUACCCUUCAAACCUUAAAUCAAUUAAAAAUGUAAAAGAUAAUGUCGUUUUUCUAGGUUUAAUACUAAUAGUGUGAAAAGUCUUUUUCUGCAAUAGAAAUGCGUAAGUCACUGUUAUCGAGGAACUAUAAUAAUGAUUAGUUUGUUAAUUAAUCGAAAAUUGCCACCAGAGCACGCCAAGUCACUUGGAGUUCAUAGUGUAUUUAGUGACGCUUUUAUUAACUUAUAAAAUAAGAAUGUUUGCAACAUAAAAACAUUCCAAAUUUUCAGAUAAAAUGAGCACUGGGAUUCUAACUGGAAAACUUUCUCGUUCUGCUUUAUUCAAUUCUAGAAGGUAUGUACACAAUAAGAAAGUGCGGAUAGGAUGCUCAAGUGGAUUCUGGGGAGAUACCCCUACUGCAGUACCUCAACUUCUUCAGGGCGGAAAUAUUCAGUAUCUGGUGUGUGACUACCUCUCCGAAAUCACUAUGUCUCUCCUUGCAGCAGCUAGAUCCAAAAACCCACAGCUUGGGUUUACUCCAGAUUUUGUGGAGAGUAUUGCACCGUACUUGGGAGAAAUUAAAAAUCAAGGGAUCAGAGUUGUUACUAAUGGAGGAGGAAUUAACCCUGCAGCUUGUGCAGCCAUGUUACAGAGCUUAUCAAAGAAAGCUGGUGUAGAGAUGAAUAUUGCUCAGGUUACAGGAGAUGAUCUGAUGCCAGCUAGGCAACAGUUGGAGAAGGAGGGAAUAAAAGAGGUGUUUUCUGCCCAGAGUUUCCCGAUGAAUGUAAACUCCAUGAACGCCUACUAUGGAGCUGGUCCUGUCGUGAAGGCUCUAGAGCUUGGAGCGGAUAUUGUUAUUACAGGACGGUGCACUGAUAGUGCGCUGGCGUUAGCUCCCCUUAUGCAUGAGUUUGGGUGGAAAUCUACAGAUCUCGACAAGUUGGCUGCUGGUAGUCUGGCUGGUCACCUUAUAGAGUGUGGAACCCAGGUGACAGGUGGGAACCAUACAGAUUGGGAGAAGGUUCCAGGGUUUGAGAACCUAGGGUUCCCUGUAGCUGAAGUAAAGGAGGACGGAGAGAUCCUGAUAACUAAGUCCCCUGGUACUGGUGGACUAUUAACCCUAGGAAGUGUGGGUGAACAAAUGCUGUAUGAGAUUGGAGAUACACAAUCCUACAUUCUACCUGACGUCGUAGCAGAUUUUUCAAAUGUCCAGAUGGAGGAGGUUGAUGAGGGUGUGAGGGUAUGGGGUGCCCAGGGUAGAUCUCCUACUCCUUACUACAAAAUAUCUGCAACCUAUCUAGAUGGAUUCAAGGCCACCUGUGUUGUGAAUUUUACCGGUAGAAAGAGUGCGGAUAAGUGCCAUUUAAUGGCGGAGUCAAUCUUCAAAAGGAGCAGAAGCAUAUUUAAAAGACUGAAUAUUCCUGAUUUUGAAAAGGUCCAUGUUCAAGUUCUUGGUGCUGAGGAAAGUUUUGGAGAGUCCGGGAUAAGUUCAGAUAAAUAUCCCAGAGAGGGAGUAUUAUGGAUGGCUGUAAAACACCAGGACAAGAAAGCGUUACAGAUCUGGUCCAAGGAGAUUGCAGCUUGUGGGACAGGAGGAACUCCAGGAAUAACUGUUGUUGUUGGCGGAAGACCUAAACCAGUUCCUUGUCUCAAGCUGUACUCCUUUCUUUAUCCUAAAUCCAAGAUGGACGCCAAAAUCGAAAUGAAUGAACAGAUUGUUGAAUACUCUGCCCCAGAAAUAGAAGUGAAGAAUACGGUUCCGGAGAAAAUACAAGUUUCGGAGCCAAACUUGGAUAUUGGAUCCCACAUCUACAGGUUGGAAGAGUUAGCAUAUACAAGAAGUGGAGAUAAAGGGAACUCUAGUAAUAUUGGAGUUAUAGCUCGACAUCCUGCCUUUCUUCCAUACAUCAGAUACUUUCUGUCCAGGGAGAGAGUUGCAAACCACUUUAAACACGUGUUUGAGGGACCUGGUUUGGUCAAGAGAUAUGAAUGCCCGGGGAUUCAUGCCCUUAAUUUUGUUCUUGAGUCGUCUCUUGGAGGUGGAGGAAUCGCCUCUCUCCGCCCUGAUCCCCAGGGAAAAGCGUACGGGCAGAUACUAGGAGAACUGCAGCUUGUAAAUAUGCCUUCAAAGCAGGAUAUUAUAAAGAAAUCAGAAUCCAUGAAGUAGAACUCAAAGAAAACAUAAAAUGUAGAUUCAACUAGAAAUUUAACUUCUUAUCUCUAAACGAAAUAUUAACGAAAUUCAAAUGAACAACCAUAGAUAAAUAAACAUAUAUAGCUUA